AGAAAAUGGACGAAGGGCGGCAAGAAAACGAAGUCAGAACUGAUGUGAAGUUACUACUAGACUGUUUGAAAUGCCAAGUCAACAAUCCAACUGCAGUAAAACAGGCCCUUCUAACACUUUCUUCGAUUUUUAGUACAUAUGAUUUUGUCAAAGAAUAUUUCAAGGACAUUGGGGGUCUUACAUUCCUUAUAGAUCUCCUUACAUCCAUAGAAAAUCAUGAAGUUCAGGAAAGAGCCUUCUUUUGUCUUGGUUGUGCAAUUGAAAGAAAUGUUUUUUGUCAGAAAUCAGUUACAACCAGCACUGUUUUCAAAUUCAUUCAAACAAUAUUGUCAGAGGGAUCCACUGCCAAAUUAAAGCAAACAGCAACAUUCUUUCUCAUAAAUCUUGUGGCAAACAAUGGAGAAGGACAAGUCUUGGUGAAACAAAGUCAGUGCCUUUCUACUCUAAUGGAUUUAUUAUGUAAAUCUUUGCCAAAAGGUAUGAGAGCUGAAGGUAGAGAUGAGACAGGUUUUGACUGGUUUGAUGAUUCAGGACCCACUAGCAUAGAACUGUGGACCAGUGUGGUCAAUGCUUUAUGUGUCAGUAUCAACAAUCCACAGAAUGAGGAAAACCAGAAAGUGUGUGGUCUGCAAAUACCAUUCAUUUUUAAACUUCUUAAGCAGGAUAGAGGGAUUCUCUCUCUGACAAGAUCUCUAAUGUUUCUUCUUGGAUUCAUUGUGUCAAACAAUAGGUCCAAUCAGGAUCAAGUACGCAGAUGUGGGGGACUUGGUGUUUUGUGCCAAGAGUUACAGCAUCAAUAUAAUCAAUCAAAUGAUCCAGAAAUGUUAAAGGAUGUUAUUCAGAUCAUCACCACCAUAGAUUCCUGCAUCGCAGAUAAUAAUGAAAGUGCAAAAGAGCUAGGACAAACAGGAGUGAUUCAAAUUCUAGCAAGUGUCAUACAUGAUGACAAGUUGGAUAUUGGAGAAAAAAUUAAAGUGACAAUAACUCUAGGUCAUGCAAUUGAACACUCAGCAUCAAAUAGAAGUCUUUUUCUUGAAGCUAAAAAUGGUCUGCAGGACUUAAUUCACAUUUUAACUACAUGUGAAAAUGAAGAACUGAUGAAGGCAAUAAAAUAUGUGUUACAGGUUACCGUCCAGAAAGACACCAUUUUAGAAGAGGAGGAGGAAGAGGAAUGGAAUCAAGAAAUGGCAAACAAAAAAAUCAUAGGAGAAAAUAUACUGAAAAAAGUGAAUGAGUUAGCAAAUCGUCUGAAAUCCAUAGAAAAAGAGAAAGAUCUUAGUGGAAAUCAUCCUACGAUGAUCCACACCCCGAAGUACAACAAAAACUUCAAUGAAUGUCCAACAACUCAGGACUGUCUUUAUACACAACCAACACUG